CGGACAGAAUAAUACAAAAGCGAUUUUUUUUUUGUUGAGACAAUUAAUCUCUUCUCUCUUUCUCUCUUUCUAUCUAUUUCUCUCGCGAUCAAAGUCUCGAUCCGACAAAGAAAGGUUUGCUUUAAUCGGAGGUUAUAGAAUCAGUGAAGUGUUGGGUCGAAGGCGAUUUGAAUCGGCGGAUUCCAAACCCUUCCUUCUGAUUCCAAAUUCCUCUAAACUCGAUUUCUUUUCCUCUCUCUCUCUUUCUCUCGCGAUAUGCUGAAACAACAAAGGAAUUUGGAAUCAGAAGGAAUAAUUUGGAAUCGAUUGAUCUGGAAUCAGAGGAAGGGUUCUGUUCCUGAUUACGUUGUUGGACAAUCUGAAGCUGAAGCUUCUAAAGAAGGGAGGACCUUAGCAGAUUUUUACUAUGGGUGUUUGGGAUUAUCUAAUUUUGCUUUAGCUGGAAAUAGUCUACCUUUAAAGUUUGACUUGUUGUUGCUUAAUGGUCUUGGACAUUGAUGCAGUAGGAACAUUCAACAUGUGUCACGCAGCACUUAAGUAUCUUAAGAAAGAUGGGCCUGGGAGAGACUCAUCAACUCGUGGUGGUUCGAUUAUUAACAUAAGUGCUACUUUGCACUACACGGCUUCUUGGUACCAAAUUCAUGUUUCUGCUGCCAAGAUUAAUGGAUGCAAAUUUACAGACGAUGGAAGUGUCCAUCAAGAGCAUGAAGCCUAUCUAGUGAAUCUAAUAGGGUCGGAAGGAAUUAUCCAUGGUAAAUCAUAUGUAAUAGUUCUCAUAAUUUGCAAUCAAUAAUAAAUCCAGAGUUAAAAGAAACUUUUAUAAAAAAAA